AUGACACAACCUAAGGGCUUCGAAGAUACUCUUCAUCCGGAUUAUGUCUGCCACCUUCAUAAGGCUAUCUAUGGCCUUAAACAUGCUCCAAGACAAUGGUAUAACACAUUUACAUCUUUUCUUGUCUCACUUGGUUUUUGUCAUAGUCAGGCGGAUCCUUCUCUAAUGAUCUAUCAGCAAGAUUCAGCCAAAAUCUUUUUGCUCAUAUACGUAGACGAUAUUCUCAUCACUGGAAGCAACAAAGAUAUCAUACAAAGCAUUCUCAACAAACUCAGCAACGAAUUUUCUAUGAAGCAUCUCGGGCUUGCAACCAAAUUUUUGGGAAUUCACAUUCAGAAACUGAGUAACGCUUAUUUUCUUUCUCAAUCUAAAUAUGCCUUCUCUAUACUCACGUUGGCUGAUCUUACCAGAUGCAAUCCGCUUGCCAAUCCUUCAUGUACAAAAAAUCCCUCUACUUUUAACGUCGAACCAUUUCUCGCCGAUCCAGCUCUAUAUCGUCGUAUCACCGGUUCGCUACAGUACCUUACGCUUACAAGGCCGAACAUUGCAUUCAGCGUCAAUAUGCUAUCGCAACACAUGCAUGAUCCACAACCCUCCAACAUUUACAUGCUCAAACGACUUCUUCAAUACAUCAAAGGUACGUUAAAUUUCGGGUUACCUAUUACCAAAACUAACUUGAAUUUAAAAUCUUUUUCAGAUGCGGAUUGGGCCGGCGAUCCAAUAACACGAAGAUCUACAUCAGGAUAUUGUUCCUUCUUAGGCGACACAUUAAUCUCUUGGACAGUUAAAAAGCAACGAACGAUAUCUCGAUCUUCCACAGAGUCAGAAUAUAGGGCGCUCGCGGCUUUGACGGUGGAUAUCAUAUGGCUGCGAAGAUUGCUUAAUGAUUUCGGGAUCUCUCAAAACUACCCGACGGACCUAUACUGCGACAACAUGUCGGCGAUAGCACUCGCCAAUAAUCCUAUAUUCCACUCUCGUACAAAGCAUAUAGAAAUUGAUCAAAAAAUUCUAAGAGAUCAAAUUCAGCAAAACAAUAUCAGGCUACAUCCGAUAAGCACCCUCGAUCAAACUGCGGACAUACUUACCAAAUCUCUAUCAACACCGCGGUUUCAUCAACUCAGAACCAAAUUGACGGUCUGUCAAGACCCAUCAAUUUUCGGGGGCGUAUUAGAAUAA